AUGUUCAUAUUUGGCGUUGGCCGCCGGUGCCCAGGAAUUUCCCGUCAUGCUCCCCGGGCGGCGGGCCCGUCACUGCGAUCCCGGGGGGCGGGGGGGCCGGGGCCGCUCGCUCGCUCCCUUGGGCCUCUCUCAUGCGCGCUGCGCCGCCGCUGCCGCCGCCGCUCCUCUCCGCGCUCUGCCUGGCGCUGGCGGCCGCCGCAGGAGCCGCAGCUCUUGCCCCUGUUCUUUGCCUCUGGUUUUGUUGGUGAGGAUAUCACAGUGAUGUCUGCAUUCAACCUGCUGCAUUUGGUGACAAAGAGCCAGCCAGUGGCCCUGCGAGCCUGUGGGCUUCCCUCAGGGUCAUGUAGGGAUAAAAAGGACUGUAAGGUGGUCUUUUCCCAGGAGGAGCUGAGGAAGCGGCUGACACCCUUGCAGUACCAUGUCACUCAGGAGAAGGGGACUGAAAGUGCCUUUGAGGGGGAGUACACACAUCAUAAAGCUCAAGGAAUAUACAAAUGUGUUGUUUGUGGGACUCCUUUAUUCAAGUCAGAAACAAAGUUUGACUCCAAUUCAGGUUGGCCUUCCUUCUAUGAUGUGAUCAGUCCUGAUGCAAUUACUUUCAACGAUGAUUUCUCCUAUGGGAUGCAUCGGAUUGAAAUAUCCUGCAGUCAGUGUGGUGCUCACCUGGGGCAUAUUUUUGACGAUGGACCUCGCCCAACUGGCAAACGGUACUGCACAAACUCUGCUUCGUUAUCUUUCAAGCCAGCAGACAAAAACAACGCCGGAGAAGGCAGCGGUAACGCCAGUCCUGCCCAAACAGGCAAAGCUGAGCUGUAGGAUGAAGCAAAGCCUGCAGAAAACUGCGCUGAUCCCACACAGCUUACAAGGAAUGUUUUCUAAGUUGCCUGCUCUCUUACAUCCUAAGAAUGUUUAAAUGUAUGAAAGCAUUUUGCACCAUCCUUCUUCUUCCUCACCUUUUUGGAACUGAGGCCUUGCCUGCUGGUGCAUUUACUAUAUAAUUGGAUUGAAAAACGUGUUGACUGACUCCACAGGUUUUCUUUUCCUUUCUUUUCUUUGAGAUUGCUUUGGAGAAUCCUUAAAUCAAGAGGCUUUGGCAUCAUUAGUUAUUAGUUUCUUCUUAGUGCUGUGUUACUCUAGGUUUGAACACUCUUCCUUUUUGUGUGGGAGAUGGGACUUGUGUUUAUCUCCAGUCUAUAGGAAACUUCUGGGCAUAAGAAAAUCCUGAAUUCCUAGCACAUCUCUGCUUUGUUCUGACUUGCGAGGCAUGCAGCCUUUGGUCAUAAGUAUUCAGCCAUCUCCCAGCAUCAGCCGCACCCUGCAAAAACUUGUAGUUAUGGCUGUUCCUUCCUAACUGAGAGAGAUGGAUGAGAUGUAAAGCCCAUCCUUUGGCUAAUUUACUGCCAAAAUUUCAAGGGUGUGGUUGAAAGGAUGUAAACAUUGUCUCAGCAUCUAUUUUUCCCCUUUGUUUGGUAUUUAAAUCAAGGUUUUAACUAGUAAGGCUCACUUUUGUGGGCUACUAAUGAGGCUUUGCCUUUUUGUGAGGCCUGUUCAGCAACUGUAACUCAAAUCUGAAUUAAAGUUGAAAUCUGCAGGGGGUAAUUAUAUGGACAAGUGCAGAGAUAAACUUGAGAAAUGAAGUAGAUGAGGGAUGACACUAGGCUCUUUAUCUUGUCAAUUGCUACAAUGAUUCAGAAACACGACAGUUUCUGCUAAAAGAGAGUUUAGGAAUGAAUGCAGCAGAAAGAGGGAGACCCUGCUGAAGUAUCCAAUUUUAAAGAUUAGCUGGUCUGGAUGCAUACUGCCUACAAGGCCACAGCCUUUAAUUUGUGCAAUUGUGGUGUAGGACAUGAAUGAGGGGGUUGGUUUAAGAAAUGAAUUUGAAAAAAACCUGUCAGAGCUCCAGAAAUUUUCAUGUAGCAAAAUUUGCUGUCCCAUAAGACGUUUUUCACAGCUGCUUUUAGAUUUUGUUGAAUAAUGGUUUGUCUAGAAUUGUGCAUAAUACUGUUCUUUAAGCUAUACUAUACAGUAUUUGCUAACACCACUUUGCCUUUAAGCAUUGAGAGACUUAAUGAAUAUAGUAUUUACUUUUAUUAGCAAACUUUGUGAUUAACAUAUUUGGAUCCAAUUUUAUUUCUAGUAGGAGCAAAGCAACCACUGAUUUUUAUGGAAGCAGGAUUGAGGUUUUUAUGUCAGUGAUAAUAAACAUAUUAUCUAAAGUGCAAACAUCCUUCAGUUAAAAUAUAGCUACUGUAGAAGCAUACGGAAUGGUCAGAAUUGCCUUUUUUUAGCAACAUAAGAAAGACAUGAAAAAAGCAUACAAUACUUUAACACCAAAUAGAUGCAAAUAAGGAUGGUGAAUAUUUAGAGCUAAAACACUCGGGCUGUGCUGUAGCGAGCACCUACUCACAUGAGUAUUCCCCCAGAUGUCACGCAAGGAAUUGCUCAUCGGCUGCAGGAAAGGUUGUGCAGGCUGACCUUUGGUGUUUCGAGGCAGUCGAAUUUCUCCUGGUCCCAUUGGUUUUUAGCAAUUUCUUCUAGAAGGACUGCUUUUAUACCUUGCUUUUAUUUGAAGAAAAGUAGGUUUUCUCUACCACAUUUUCUGACAUAAACAUAAAAAAGGCAGCAUCUAUAAAAAUGUGGUACAUAAAUGUGGUUUAAUUCCGGAUUGCUGUUGGAUUUAAGUGUUAUCAAAUUUCAGUAUAUUCCUGCCUUAUGUUAAAGAAAUAUAUUACUUAAACUUCAGUACGCAGUAAUGUAUGCUGUCCUACAGGAGAUUUAUUUGUGCAGGAUAUGGAGUGCAAUGAAAUGAGUCAAUAUGGUGAGGUGUAUGUGAUCUCUGGGAGUUAGACCAUUUAACAUAGGAAAUGCAUUGUUCUCUCUUGUGCGCAGACUAUACCGCAGUGCAAGGUAAGACAGAUUUCCUUUUAUUGCUCUUAGAAGCUAGUAAGGACUAGAAUUGAACCCUCCAAAUUUGGUUCAGUCUGGUUAUGAUCAUGACAGAGGAAACUUGGGAGCUGAGCACAAUGUAUAGAAUAAUAAGAGAAUAUUUCUGUAUGUUUAAAUUUUGCACUGUCUAGAUGCUUAUAAAAACUGAAUGCAAACUGUGUAGAAAUAGCAAACUAUAUUUUAUAAUAUCUCUAUUGUUACUCAGAUGUUUAAAUAGCAUACCUUAAAAUAUCAUGUAAGUCACACAUGUUAUUUAUAUAUACUCUAUAUAUAUAUAAAAUUGCACAUGUUUUUUAUAUAUAUAUACGUACACACAUAUAUAUUAUCCAAGUAUAAUUUUAGCCUUCGGUACCUUUUUAAUAACUAAAACCUUUCCUUAAGAGGGUUCAAUACUUUUAAGAAAUCGAAUAUACAUUUUUCAAAUUAAAUUUGUUUUCAUAUAUUUGUUGUACACAAAUAUAAAAUAAAUUUCUU